GUUAUCAUAUUGUGUUGUUAUUCUCAUGUCAACAUUAAAUAGCUUCAAGAAUCGGCAGUUGAUUGAAACAGUGUAUCUCAAUGUAUUUCAAAUAAAGGAAAUUUCGAGUUGAAUUCGAAACUGCAAAAAACCAUAGCAUUUUUAAUAAUAACGCGGACAUGACAGAGAACAUAAUGUUAUCGCCACUACCAUCAGCUUCUUGUUUGAACUACAUGGAUUUCCCAUCUGGCAGUCUAUUUUUGCUUUUGAUCAACCAUCUAUUUGCUAGUCAAUGCUAUUUGAAAAACCCAUACCUUUAUCCCCCCGACAGUGCCUCAGAAAUCCAAGAUGGAGACCAUUUCGACUUCAUCGUGAUUGGUGCAGGUUCAGCAGGUUCAGUGGUGACGAACAUGCUUGUUAAAAGUGGAAAAUGGAGAGUGUUAGUUCUAGAAGCAGGUACAUAUCCAUCGAUAACAACAGAGAUCCCUUUGCUGUUCAUUGAUCUUGCGACAACUAACCAGAUAUGGCAUUACCUAACAGAACCCUCCAAAUUUUCUUGCACAGGGUUGAAGGACGGGUCUUGCUACUGGCCAAGAGGAAAGUUAUUAGGAGGUUGUAGCUCGAUAAAUGCUAUGCUAUAUAUAAGAGGAAACAAAAAUAAUUAUAAUUCUUGGGCAAAAGCUGGAAAUGAAGGAUGGGAUUACGAUGACGUAUUGAAGUGCUUCAAAGAAAACGAAAAACUAUCGACAGAAGAUUUACAGCAUCUAGACACAUACGGUAAAGAUGGACUACUUCCACUCACCAAGUACAAGUUGAACGAAACAAUAAGAGACAUACUUUUAGAAUCUGUGAAGGAGCUUGGUUAUCCAGUUCUAGAAUCAGAAGGUCCAAUAGGUUUUUUUGAAAGCCUUCAGACUAUUGUGAACGGUACCAGAGCAAACGCUGCCAAGAUUUUUUUAGGAUCCGUAAGUCGAUCCUUCAAAUUAUCGCUAGUCACAAAUGCUCACGUAGAAAAAAUUUUGCUCGAUAAAAUUAAAAUGAAAGCCGAAGGUGCAAAGGUUAGAUUUGGUGAUCGUAGCAUAAAGGUUUAUGCAGACAAAGAAGUGAUACUCUCGGCUGGAGCACUGAACUCACCACAGAUCCUCAUGCUAAGCGGUGUAGGACCCAAACAACAUCUUCAAGACCACGGUAUAGAAGUUAUCAAAAAUUUGAAAGUAGGACAUAAUCUACAAGAUCAUUUGAUUUACUGGUUCUACUCUAGUUUGAGCGAUGAAGGUAUUAAAAAUACAAUAGUGGAAGACGAAUUAUACAAAUACUUCGCUCAUAGAACUGGGGAAUUCAGUAAAGUUGGUAUCACAAACAUCAAUGGGUUCAUCAGUACAAAAAAUAGUUCAAAUAAUGCUGAUAUCCAAUUUACCUAUAUAUUCAUCAAGAAAAAUGAUUUCAAUUCAUUGAAAAGCUUUAAAGAACUUGUUAACAUAGACACCACAGUUUUCGAAAACCUAAAACGUUUCAACAUACAGCACCAUCUUCUUUUAACGGUUGUUACCUUAUUGCAACCCAAGUCAAGAGGAAAUGUACUUCUAAGAAGCAGCGAUCCUUUUGAUUCUCCCAUUCUACGAACUGGGUACCUAACUGACAACGAUGGAGAAGAUAUUGAAACUAUGUUGAAAGGUAUUCGUUUCGCAGAAAAACAAAUAAAAACCAAAGCUUUCAAGAGACUUAAUGCUGAGGUUUUGGAUAUUGGUAUUCCUAACUGUAAAGGAAUGGAGUUCGCUUCAGAUGAGUAUUGGAAGUGUGCAGUGAGAAACUUAGGGUCUACAUUGUACCAUCCUGUUGGUACUUGCAAAAUGGGCCCUGCAAGCGAUCCAACAUCUGUGGUAGAUUCUAGAUUGAAAGUGCAUGGCAUAAAGAACUUGAGAGUGGUUGAUGCCGGAGUUAUGCCAGUAAUAACCAGUGGAAAUACGAAUGGCCCUUCGAUGAUGAUAGGACGGAAGGCAGGCCACAUGAUAUUAGAAGAUAAUAAUUGAAUGGAAAAUGGAACUAAUGACCAAUUUUUCUGAUAUAAGUUUCAGUGAGGCUUUAUUUAUUUUUGCAUCCGAAUAAAUAAACAUUUGUUCCAUUAUCACAGGACGAAUAUAUCUUUCUUUCAUAAUAUUAUGUUUUUCAUCACUCAUUUUUAUAAAAUUCUGUUCUUUCAUUCAUGCUGUAAGUUUGCUUUGAAGACUUUCUCAGUUCUUGCUUCUCCUACAUGAAGCAAAUUUGUAGCUACAUUUUCCAUUAUAGAAUCUCAUUUUCCAAUUAAAUUAAUUGCCGAUGUUUUUGGUCAGUUCGAUUCUCAGAAUGAUAUGUAAUGAAAAAUAAUGUUUAGCAAAGUCGAGAGCAAAGUGCAGUAGUCAGGAAUCAAUAAUUCUUGAAUUGUCAGUUGUAAUGAAAUAUGAUUUAAUCAAGAGGAUUUUAUAGAAUAUAUACAAUACAUUGCAAA